AUGGCUUUCAAGAAAGGUCCCGCACAAGCUCAGAAGUCUGGCCCGAAAAGUGCCAGUCAGGCUGGAAAGAAGGCACCUCCCACCAAGAAACCGCUGGCAGCGAGUCUGGAUGAUGAUGACGAUGAUUUGGAUGAGGAAGACGACGAUUUUUCUAUGGACGAAGACUCUGAUCUCAGCGGAGCUGAUGAAGACUUAGACAAUGAAGAGCUUGAUGAUGAGGAGCUCGAUGAUGAAGGCCUUGAUGAUGAAGAGCUGGAUGAUGAAGAACUUGACGAGGAGUCUAAAGAUGAGGACGUGCCAGCUCCGAAGGCCACAAAACAAGAAUCUGCUGCAACAAAGGCACAAGGUCAGCAGCAGAAAAGUCCUGUGAAGCAAUCACCACAGACGCCAAAGGAGAAAGUUCCUGUGGUGGCAGCUGUCAAUGGCAAGCGUACGGCAGAGUUUGAUGCAGGAUCCUCUCCGGCAAAGAAAAUUCGAUUAGAAGAUCACAUUCCAGCAUUUUUUGUCCUUGACUAUAAGGAACGAGACUUGCGUGAUGUAAUGCUGACUUCAUUUACUGAUGGGGUCACGAAGGAUGAUAUCAAGAAGCUCUGCAAGAAUGCCCAGCGCGCCCUCAGUUUCAGCCCGACACAUUGGAUAUACGGCGGGUGCCUAAAGCGUCAGUGUCAGGAAGAAAUGCAACAGUCUCGGGAGCAUCUGCAUCACAGGGAGGACGAAGACGACGAGCAUAGCAGGGCCAGUGACGACAGCGUGUACUUAAACAAGAAUAAGCUGGCUGCCCUAUUCCCCACAGGCGAAGUGCUCAAGGUGCAGAAGGAUGGCUAUGCCCAGCACAACACUCCGCUGGACAGUUACUUCAAGUGUAUCAGUGCUUCUACGAAAAACAUCCAGUUUUUCAUCCAGAGACAUGUGCUUCCAUUUGGCACUUAUGACAACAAGAAUUCAGUUGUAUAUGCUAAGAUUGUGCGGCUAUCAGGGGCGUAG